AUGGCGGUUCGCCGCUCCGCUCGCCUUCGUAGCGUCAGCGCUCAACCUGAGACACAGGAGAAUUCCCUUCAACCCGAUUCGAUUUCUCGUCUUACGUCUCUCGAGGAACGCGACGAGAUGCCCCGCGAUGUUUACCCUACCGUCCACACCCCCAUGACCAAGAAGACUCACCAGAAGACUCCAAUCACCGCCGCGAAGAUGGCUGAGGCACGUACUCCUACCACCGGCUCUGCUGCUUGUCCAUCUCGCUCGGAGAUGCACCCCAGCAAAGCACAGCAGAGCACAACUAAACAGGCCGACUCCGGUCUGAUCCUUGGCUUCAACCCAAUCAAGAAAGACGCCAAUGGUAACCCAAUUGGUGCGCUUGACAACACUCCUUCAAAGUCCAAGGCUUCUCCAGCUCCCUCCCAGUUUGGCACUCCUGGUUACGAGUUCAAGUUUGGCCAGGACUCUGAACUUAGCGAGGAAGCCAAGAGGCUUAUGGAGAGUGUUCGAGGCGAAGUCACACGCAUCAAGUCGCAGAUUAUUUUCGACAAAUCUAAGCAGAGCGAGGGGAGUCAUCAAUCUGGGCAGAGCCAUGGGGACCGGAAGAUUGCGAUGCCCAAAGGCAAGGCGAGCCGGUUCAGUGAUGUGCAUAUGGCCGAGUUCAAGAAGAUGGAUUCCAUUGCCGGUCAUGCCUCUUCUUUCCGGGCCACGCCUGGUCGCUUCCAGCCCGUCACCACUACCAAAUCUCUGAAGCGAACCAAGUCCAAGGCCCAGCUUGACGAACCUGACGCUCCGGCUUCAUCCCUUCCGCGAUCUCCAUCGAAGUCCUCUGCCUUCUCAACCUCACCUUCUGCUACCACCAAGCGUGCCAAGCACAACUCUUCCGAAGACACAUCGACCAGUCGUCCUCAACCCUCGAAGCUUCCCGCUCGGAAGCCUGCUGGCCCUCGUCCCCGCGCAGCUAUCCGCAGUUCCCUCAUGACCCCGACUAGAGCAUCCAUGGCACGCUCCACGUCGACCAGCAUCAAGGCCCCCAAGACAACGUUGAUACCCUCAUUGGCACGGUCUCCUUCUACCAAGGCUGUGACGUCUCCCCGAACUCCGCAAACUGAUUUCAACCCGAGGAUCAAGGGCAACUUUCCCAGCUUCAGCAACCUCAAGUCUAUCCUGCGCAGACGCCAGCCUUUGUUUUCUUGUGAUCCAAGCAAGAUCGCUUCUGGCACUCACAUAGCUGCUCCCGACUUCAACCCGGAUUUGCUCCUGGCCAACGGUGAAUUGACCGACUCGGCACCGACCCCAUCUCCCAAGAAGCAUGUCGAGUUCACUCCAAGCGUCAAGUCGCGCUACGAGCUUUCCCAUUCGCCUUCUCGGUCCAAGAUCCCUACCACUCCCUCUCGCUCCAACAUGUCUGAGGUCGUUUACCCUACCCUCCCUGCCCUCACUCCCGAGCAUAACGCCGCUUCGACGAAACCACACCCUUCUCCGCCCAGAUCACCCAGCAUUCGCCACGUCCGCAAGUCCGAUGCAGAUGAGAAGGGGCCUGGUUAUCCUGAACUUCCGGUUGUGGCCCACGGCAUUGCCCAUGGAAUCGGCAACAAGAAGAGGCAUCGGGAUGAAGUUGACGACGAGUCGAACGCUGAUAGCGAAAAUGUGCCACCGGCUGAUGCGCGGACUGAGGAGCGUGGCAUCAAGCGCUUGAAGGCGAACCCUCCCACUACCAGCCCUGUCAAGAACCGCCCUAUCAAAACUCCCAGCCGCUCCAUCUCUGGACGCUUGAGCACUCCUACCAGUGCAACUGCCAGUGCGAAGCAAAAGUCUCGUGGCGUACUCAGUCUGAGUCGUUUGAACAUGCUCUCCAAGCCGAAAAGCCGCACUGGUGCUUAA